AUGGGCGAUCACGAUUGGAUUCGGCGAAUCCCCGAGUGCCCCGUGUACUACCCGACGGAGGACGAGUUCCGCGAUCCGCUCGCGUACAUCGAGAAGAUUCGCCCCGAGGCCUCGCUGCACGGUGGGUGGGCCUCGCUGCACGGUGGGUGGGCCUCGCUGCACGGUAGGUGGACAUUGUCGGUCCUUCCAGCCGCCACUAACGGCCGACGCGGGGCUCAUGGCGCGUGGGAAGGCGCGGACGCCAAGGUCUCUGAGGCUGAGAGGUGGUCGUCGCGGCUCGGUCACGCCACGGAAGGCCGCCCUCCCUGCUCCCCGCGCGCUCCCGCUCACUCCGCACCCCCCUGCCCUCUCCUCUUCGUGUUCGUCUCCCCCCCUUCCGCCUCCCACUCCGCGGCGCGUGAGAACCCCGCCCACUCGCCGACGCGCUUCGACCUGCCGACGUCGCUGCUCCCAGUUCCUCCGCCUCGCCCCUCGUCCCUCCAGAGACCCAGCAAGCAGGCUGCGCUGCAGCUCGCGAACCCGCCCCCUGCGCAGCUGCGCGCAUGCACGCGGGCCAGGCAAUGCAGCGGGGCAGACACGGAGCACCGCAUCUGCAAGAUCGUGCCGCCCGUGCUGCCCACAGUGCCCGCGGGCCACGUGCUGCAGCGCGGGCAGAAGCGCCCCUUCCGCUUCACCACGCGCGAGCAGCCCGUGCGUGUGGCGGCGUGCGCGCAUGGCGACCCACCCGCCUUCCGCAUGAGCGGCAGAACCUACUCUCUUCCCGAGUUCGAGCGCAAGGCCGAUCGCUUCCUGGCCACACGAUUCGCCACGUCAGCAGCGCUGCCAGCUGGCAUGGUGGAGCAGCUCUGCUGCCGCGUCUGCCUGCCUCUGUGCUGCGCCGCCUGCCCGUCGAUAUCCCGGUUAGUGCCCCUCCCCCCUGCCCCUCCCCCCUGCCCCUCCCCCCUGCCCCUCCCCCCUGCCCCUCCCCCCUGCCCCUCCCCCCUGCCCCUCCCCCCUGCCCCUCCCCCCUGCCCCUCCCCCCUGCCCCUCCCCCCUGCCCCUCCCCCCUGCCCCUCCCCCCUGCCCCUUCCCCCUGCCCCUCCCCCCUGCCCCUCCCCCCUGCCCCUCCCCCCUGCCCCUCCCCCCUGCCCCUCCCCCCUGCCCCUCCCCCCUGCCCCUCCCCCCUGCCCCUCCCCCCUGCCCCUCCCCCCUGCCCCUCCCCCCUGCCCCUCCCCCCUGCCCCUCCCCCCUGCCCCUUCCCCCUGCCCCUCCCCCCUGCCCCUCCCCCCUGCCCCUCCCCCCUGCCCCUUCCCCCUGCCCCUCCCCCCUGCCCCUCCCCCCUGCCGCGUCCACCCUGCAUGUCCCAAGAGAGCAUGUGCUCUCUCCUCUCUGUCCCUCCUGCGUGUUUUCACCGCAUCCAACCGAGCUGCUGUCUUUGAUCGCUGCACUCACUCUCGCCUUCAUCCCCACCAACUCCUACAACCACCCCCCGUGUCUCCCCCCAGCCCCUUUCCGCCCACCAUCUUUCACCCGCCCAUCAUCCCAUCGCCCCUUCACCCUCCCCGCCCUCCUUCACCGCCCUGCCUCUCUGCAUCCUGGCCACCCCUUCUUCCCCCUCCCCACCUCCCCCCACCACCACGGCAGGGCGUGACGGAACCCAUGCUGUACGUGGGGAUGCUCUUCAGCACCUUCGCCUGGCACGUCGAGGACCACUACCUCUACAGGUGGGCACGUCGAGGAGGACCACUACCUCUACAGGUGGGCACGUCGAGGACCACUACCUCUACAGGUGGGCACGUCGAGGAGGACCACUACCUCUACAGGUGGGCACGUCGAGGACCACUACCUCUACAGGUGGGCACGUCGAGGAGGACCACUACCUCUACAGGUGGGCACGUCGAGGACCACUACCUCUACAGGUGGGCACGUCGAGGAGGACCACUACCUCUACAGGUGGGCACGUCGAGGACCACUACCUCUACAGGUGGGCACGUCGAGGAGGACCACUACCUCUACAGGUGGGCACGUCGAGGACCACUACCUCUACAGGUGGGCACGUCGAGGAGGACCACUACCUCUACAGGUGGGCACGUCGAGGACCACUACCUCUACAGGUGGGCACGUCGAGGAGGACCACUACCUCUACAGGUGGGCACGUCGAGGACCACUACCUCUACAGGUGGGCACGUCGAGGAGGACCACUACCUCUACAGGUGGGCACGUCGAGGACCACUACCUCUACAGGUGGGCACGUCGAGGAGGACCACUACCUCUACAGGUGGGCACGUCGAGGACCACUACCUCUACAGGUGGGCACGUCGAGGAGGACCACUACCUCUACAGGUGGGCACGUCGAGGACCACUACCUCUACAGGUGGGCACGUCGAGGAGGACCACUACCUCUACAGGUGGGCACGUCGAGGACCACUACCUCUACAGGUGGGCACGUCGAGGAGGACCACUACCUCUACAGGUGGGCACGUCGAGGACCACUACCUCUACAGGUGGGCACGUCGAGGAGGACCACUACCUCUACAGGUGGGCACGUCGAGGACCACUACCUCUACAGGUGGGCACGUCGAGGAGGACCACUACCUCUACAGCAUCAACUACCACCACAUGGGCGCGCCCAAGACGUGGUACGGCGUGCCGGCCAUGGCGGCGCACGCCUUUGAGGCCGUGGCCAUGCGCCACGUGUACCGCCGAGGGGAGGGGCAGGGGGAGGGGGAGGGGGACAUCCCGGUUGGGGCGGGCGAGGGGGAUUGCAUGGUGAGGGAAGCAAGUGGGGGCGUGAAGAGCGAGGAGGAGAGAGGGAGGGCGCAACGGGGCCACGGAGCGGAGGGAAGGGGCACCGCGUGCAGAGAGCAGGAGCGGACGCCUGGGCGAGGGGGUGGGUGGGGGAACAGGAGGGGGGGGCGCGGAGGGCGGGGGCACGGAGGGAGGUGCACAGCAGGGGGAGGGGCUGAUGCAGUGAGGGGCGACAGUGGUUCGGCAAGGGGUGAGGCAAGGGGUGAGGCAAGGGGUGAGGCAAAGAGGGCGGGUGGUGCAGGGGCGGGCGAGCAGGCGCGGUGGGGGGGUGGAGCGGUGGGGCGGGCGUGUGAGGCGCUGAUGGGAAAGACGAGCAUGUUCUCCCCGCGCCUGCUGGUGGCGCAUGGCGUGGCGGUGGUGCGCGCCGUGCAGGCUGCGGGGGAGUUCGUGGUGACGUACCCGCGGUCGUACCAUGCUGGGUUCAGCCAUGGUGAGGCGAUGGGGUGCUGUGGUGGUGCUGUUGUGUGUGGCAUGCGGGCAGUGGCACGUGCACGCUUCAACUGCGGCGAGGCGGUCAACUUCGCGCCGCCCGACUGGUUCCCCUUCGCUGCUGCUGCCGCCCGGCGCUACGCCGUGCUGCGCCACCCGCCGCUGCUUUGCUGGGAGGAGCUGCUGUGCCGCCACGUGGUGGGGCUGCUGGCAUGCAGGCGGGGCGAGGGGGGCGAGGGGGGUGCGGGGGAGGAUGAGGAGCAUGCGGAGAAAGAGGCGAGCACAGGGCUGGAGAGUGGCCCGGGGCCCCCUGCUGACCGUGUUGACCGCGUUGACUUGCCUGCCUGUGCAGCGGCAGCAGCGCCUGGUGGCGUGGCAAGCAGCAGUGGCGGUGGCACACGGAUAGGGCGCUGUGAGGAGGGCAGUGAGGCUUAUGCUCACGCUGUUGACCCGCCUCCCUCCACUGACACCACUGACACUGCUGACCUCACUCACCCCUCUUACCCUCCUGCCUCCACCACACCCCUCGCCCUCAUUCACCCUGCUCACCCUGUGGGCCUUUCUCACCCUACUGAUCCCACUGACCCCUUUGACCCAACUGACCCCGUUGACCCUGUUGACCCUGUUGACCCUGUUGACCCUGUUGACCCCACUGACUCGAUUGACCCCGUUGACUCUAUUCAAGCCAUCAAUGCCAUUGACGUGACGCCACCUCGCCUGGCGGCCAUGGGGCGGGUGGGGCGCAGCGCGGUGGAGCAGUUUGUGCGCCUGCUGGGCGAGGAGAGGCGCAUUCGCGGGUGGAUGGAGCAGCGCGCGGCCGUGGUGGUGGUGCUGCCGGGGCUGUCGGCAGCGGUGCCGUGCUCGCUGUGCUGCCGCCUCUGCCACCUGGCCGUGGUGGCGUGCUGCUGUGUGCGCGACCCCAUCUGCCUGCACCAUGGUGCGUGCAUGCAGGCGGGCAGGCUUGAGUGCGGGCAUGGGUUAGCCACAGGGCUCACAUGCACCAUGCAUGCAUUGCCCCACGUUGUAUCCCUCGCCCUCCACUCUGCACCCGCUGCCACAUCCCUCAACCGUUCUCCUUCCACCCCCUUUCUCACCACUACCUCUGCCUUCCCCUCUCACCAUCUCUUCCCCACCCCUCCCCUCCCUUUUUCCCUUGUGCCAUCCACCUGGCAGCCAGCAUCAACCGAGCGUGUCGCUGUGGAGCACCCCAUGGCAGGGCGCGCGGCAGCAGCAGCAGGCGUGCUGGCAGCGCUGGGAGCAGCGGCACCGGUGCGGUGGGAUGAGGAGGUGGCUGAUAUCGAAUCACUCUCUAACGAGCAUGACCUGGAGGGGUUCCGUGGCGGAUUUGAGGGGGAGGGGUGGCUGGUUGGGGGUGGGGGGGGCGGAGGGCAGGGGGCGGGCAUGAACAAUGGAGAGGUGGAGGAAGUAGGAGGAGGGCGUACUGUGGGAGGAAUGGGUGCGGUAAUUGAGAGCGGUGGAGAGGGGUGCAGUGACGGCAGGCAUUGUGGUGGUGACAUUGACGAAAUGCCAUGCAAUGAUAUCGCAUGUGGUGACGUGGUGUGUGGUGGCACUAUAUGGUGUGGCACAGGGGAGGGCGAGGAAGCACAGUGUGGUGCAAGUGAUUGUGGUGUGACAGAUGGAGGUGCUGAGAUGCCAUGGGGCAAGCGUGCGUGCCAUGAUGGCCACCUACUCAGUCAGCAGCACAGCCGUGCCGCCUGCCCUGCACCACCCUGCUUGCCUCACCUGCCACCGCCGCACCUGCCACCGCCCCACCUGCCACCGCCCCACCUGCCACCGCCCCACCUGCCACCGCCCCACCUGCCACCGCCCCACCUGCCACCGCCCCACCUGCCUCUGCCACACCCUACCCAACCUUGCAAGAUGCAGCAGGGUGAAGACAUGCGUGUUAAAGGGGAGCAGCUGGCAGCGGUACAGGUCACACAAGGGAACGCCGUGUGUGCUCACAAUGCACGGCCAGCAGCUGAGGGUGUUGUGAGGGCAGCAGAGGGGCGGGCAUGGGAGCAGGGCGGACAGCGCCCUCCCACAAGGGGGCUUGCUGCCAUCCCACCCCCUGUCCUCCCCUCUCCCGCUCCCCCGCACGCCCAUCCCAUGGCACCGGGGGGGCCAUGCGGUGCGAUUCACAGCAGUGCAGCGCGGUACAGGCACGUGAAUGUGGAUGCGGGCACGGAGGAGAAGGCGCAGCGAGGGCAGCGCGGCCACAUGACAGCGCUGGAAGUGCUCCUGCUGCCCGCACCACCCCCCUCGCUUGCUCCCCCGCCUGCCGUCUCUCUUCUCCACCUCCCCCCACCCCCCUUGCUUGCUUCCCCGCCUGCUGCCUCCGUGGCCUGCCCCCCCCCACCCCCCACCUGCACGCCCCGCGCCCUGCUUCUUCCCAGCGCUUCCCGCGCCGCUGUGGUGGCUGAGCGGCGCUGUGCGGUGGGCGCUGAUGGCCGUGUGGAUGGGCCGUGGGAUGGGGGAGGAGGAGGGGUGGGGAGAGGAGCAGAGGGAGAAGGAAAAGGAGUGGUGGUGGUGGGAGGGGGAGAACGGGAGGUGGGGAGCAGUGUGGGCGAGGUGGGCGGUGCAAGGGGGAGGCAGUGGCAGGAGCUGGUAGGGAGGGCGAGGGAGGAGGGGCGCGAGGAAUUUGGGGGAGAUGAGUGGCACGAGAGAUGGAAAAGAAAGGAGGAGAAGAGCGAGGCAGAUGAAGGAAAGGUUCUUGAGCAGCAGCAGGAAGGGCGGGCGCCGGGGGAGGAGGGGUGGGAUGACGAUCAUGAGAAGGUGGAGCAAGAAGAGAAGCAGCAGCAGCAGCAGUGGCAGCAGCAGCAGCAGCAGCAGCAGCAGCAGCAGCAGCAGCAGCAGCAGCAGCAGCAGCAACAGCAGCAGCAGCAGCAGCAGCAGCAGCAGCAGCAGCAGCAGCAGCAGCAGCAGCAGCAGCAGCAGCAGUGGCAGCAGUGGCAGGAGGAGGAGGGGGAUGUGGGGAGGGAGGAUGGGAAGGGGAAGGAUGGAGGGGGAGAUAGUACAGUGGGUGAGCAGAUGGCGUGCAGUGGCCGGCAAAGCGUCUGUGAAGAGAGGUGCUGGGAGAGAGGAAGCGGUGAAGAGCGGUGCUGUGGGGAGAUGGGAGUGGGAUGCAGCAGCAGCGGGGGGCGGAGUGGGUGUGAUGGGAGACUAGUGGGGAGCAGGUGUGAGGCAGCGCUGGCAGGGGUGGUGGAUGGGGAUGAUGCCAUGGUGCCGUCCGCACGGAGGCGAUUAGAGAAAGACAUGGCGAAAGGGGAAGGGGAAGGGGAAGGGGAAGGGCUCUGGGGACGAGUGGAGGGCGAGGGGGAAGGAGCGGAGGGAGGAGGGGAGCGAAGAAGGGCGGGAAGAGGGGAGAGAGGACAGGAGGAAAUUGGAAUGAAAGGAGGAGCGGAGGAUAGAAGGGUGGGAGGAAAGGAGAAGCAAGGGAAGCAUUCAGAAGAGGAAAAGGGGAAGAAAAGAGGAGAGGUAGGAGAGGAGGAAGGAGGGGAAGAAGGAGAGGAGGAAGGCGGGGAGGGACAAAGGGAGGGAAGAGAGGAGGGAAGAGAAGAAGGAGGGGAGGUAGGAGAGGAGGAAAGGAGGGAGGAAAGUGGGGAGGAAAGAAUAAGGGUAGGAGAGGAGGAAGAAGGGGAAGCCAGAGAGGAGGAGAGUGGGGAGGGACAAAGGGAAGGAAGAGAAAAGGAAAGUGAUGGAAGAAGGGAUGGAGGUGAGGAGGAAGAAGGGAAGGAAGGAGAAGAGGAAAGAGGGGAGGAAAGAGGGGAGAAAAGAAGGGGGGAAACUGGGGAGGAAAGCGGGGAGGUAGGAAAGGAGGACGGAUGGGAGGACGGAAAGGAGCAAAGUGGGGACGAAAGUGGGGAGGAAAAUGGGGAGGGGCAUGGGGAGGGAAGAGGGGAGGGAGGAGUGGAGGAAGGAGGGCAUGAAGGGGAGGAGGUUAGAGGGAAGGAAAGAGGGAAGGACGGAGAGGAGGGAAGCGAGGGAAAAGGCAUGGAUGAAGGGAGAGAGGGAGGAACAGAGAAAGGGAGAAUGGGAGGAGUGAAGGUGCGAGGGGAUGGAGGUGAAGGGGAAGGUGAGGGGGGAGCGGAGGAAAGAGGUGAGGGGGGAGGGGAGGGCGUGGAAGGGGCGGUGCUUGCAGGCAGGGGUGGAAGGGCGGGUGGGUGUGAGAGGGGUGGUGGCGCCUGCACUGGUGUGCGCCGGGUAGAUGGAGGAAGCGGCGAGUGGCGUGGCGAGUGGGAUGCGCGUGGGGAGAGGACACUAGAUGCGAGUGAGGUGGGAUGCACACCAUGUCAUGCAUCACGUGAGGCGGUAGCAGCAGCGGCGGGUGCAGGGGGAGGAGGUGAUAGUGGCGGGGAUGUGCUUCGAGACCACUGCCAACAUGGUGGUGCGUGUGCUGUGCGAGGGGAGGAUGUUGCCAAGCCGCUGGGCUCCCCAGCAAGGGCGCUGGGCAGGAUGGUGGGGCAGGAGGGGCAGCAGGAGGGGCAGCAGGAGGGGCAGCAGGAGGGGCAGCAGGAGGGGCAGCAGGAGGGGCAGCAGCGGUGCAGCGGAGGGGCGAGCAGGCGGCGGCGGCAGCUGUGGAUGGUGUGGGACGGCGGGCGACGCCGCAAGAAGAGCCGCUCUACUCAGGGGGGACCAUUGCCAGGCGGUGCUGCUGGCGCUGCUGCCCCCUCGCCCCGUGCUCAUUGCAGCACUGCUGCCACACGUGGUGGUGGUGGUUGUGCUGGCAGCACCAGCAGUGGCAGUGAGAACAGCAGCGGUGACGAGUGGCGCUCGGCGUGGGAGAGCAAGGGGCGGAGGAGCAGGCGGGGCAGGAGAGAUGUGGGGCACUUGCUGACACGAGGGGAGCAGGGGGGAACGGCGGUAGGAGCGAGGGGAGAGAAGAGGAAGGUGGAGGAUGAGGGGAGGGUGGAGGUGGGUAUGGCGGCAGCAGCCGUGAGUCCGGUGAAGCAGAGGCGGUUGGUGGAGGUGAGCGGAGGGGGCGGCAGUGCAAGGGCGUUGAGAGAGGGGAGGGCUGUUGCGGGGACCAUGGAAGGAGUGGGCAUGGGAGGUGGGGGCUCACGAGAACACGCAUGGCAUGCAAGCGAAGGCGGGUCGAGGUGCGAGAGUGGCGAGGUUGCUUUGGUGGAAAGCAGCGCGGUGAAGAGCGGUGCCGCGCGCAGCUGUAGAGCCAUGGCGGGCCGUGGGCAGGACGGGGAAGGCGGCACAGUGGAGGGAGGGGAGGGGUGGAGGGCGGAGGGCCCGUGGGAGAAGGGCUUCUGGCAGCUCGUGGUGCGGCAGCGCCGCACCUCUUCCCCGCCGACCGGCUUGCGGCGCCCGUGCGGAUCGCGAUCGCGCGGAAUGGGGGGAGGAGGCGGAAGCGGGGAGGUAGUGGUGGACGGGAAGCGGAUGUACAUACCCGUUUAUGGCAUCCUCGCUAGCAGCGCCAUGUCCGCGUGCUUCGCUGAGUUCUGCACACUGCCCAUCGACACGGCCAAGGUGCGCCUGCAGCUGCAGGGCAAGCCGUCGACGGGAGCGGGCGGAGCAGCGGGCGCAGUGAAGUACCGCGGGAUGGUGGGGACGAUGGGCACCAUUGCGCGCGAGGAGGGGCUGUCGGCGCUGUGGAAGGGGCUCGUGCCGGGGCUGCACCGCCAGUGCGUCUAUGGCGGCCUGCGCAUCGGCCUCUAUGACCCCGUUAAGGCACUGUUCGUGGGCAAGGACCACACGGGCGACGUGCCUCUCACUGUCAAGAUCGCCGCUGCCCUCACCACAGGGGCGGUGGGCAUAUCAAUCGCCAACCCCACGGAUCUGGUGAAGGUGCGCCUGCAGUCGGAGGGGCGCCUGCCGCCCGGCACGCCCAAGCGCUACUCGGGCGCUCUCAACGCCUACGCCACCAUCGCCCGCCAGGAGGGCGUGGCAGCGCUGUGGACGGGCGUGGGGCCCAACAUCGCACGCAACGCCAUCAUCAACGCCGCUGAGCUCGCCAGCUACGACCAGAUCAAGCAGUCGCUGCUCAAGGUGCCGGGCUUCGGGGACAACGUGGGGACGCACCUCAUCGCUGGGCUGGGCGCCGGCUUCUUCGCCGUCUGCAUCGGCUCGCCCGUCGAUGUGGUGAAGUCGAGGGUGAUGGGCGACAGCAGCGGGCAGUACAAGGGCACGCUCGACUGCUUCCUCAAGACCUUCCGCAACGACGGCGUGCUGGCGUUCUACAAAGGCUUCAUCCCCAACUUGGGCCGCGUGGGCUCCUGGAAUGUCAUCAUGUUCCUCACGCUCGAGCAGGUGAAGAAGAACUUUCUUACAGAAGUGCCUGACCAAUGA